AUAUAUAUAUAUAUAUAUAUGGUUGUUUCCAGGCAUAAGGCAAAAAGACGAAGGUUUGGGAUUUUCAGCGCGUGGUUUUGGUAACUGAAUAGUGUGUGAAGCAGGAGAAGGAGAAGAAGAAGAAGAAGAAGAAGGAAUCGGCGCUGUUCAACUCACGAUCGCACCUCGAACUUCGGUUCCGAUCGUUCCUUUGCUUGUUCUUUUUCUGUGCAGACAUUUUUUUCCCUUGCGGGUUUUCAGAGGCUUUUUUCCUUAGCCGUUUGGUUGUUUGUGUUGUUAUCUCACUGUUGAAAUUAUAUAUGGGCUGAGGGGCACUUUUCAUGGGAGGUGUGGAAGAUGAAGAACCAGCCUUGAAACGAAUGAAAUUAUCCUCUAAAGGACUAGUUGGCUUAUCUAACGGUUCUUCUUCUAAAGAGCCUGUUGGAGGCUUGUCCAGUGACUUGAUGGCUCGGCCCCUACCUUCCAAAGGGGAGGAACAAGUUGUUGGUUCCAAAGGGGUUAUAAAGAGAGAGGAAUUUGUCCGGAUAAUUGCAAAAGCAUUAUAUUCUCUUGGUUAUAGAAAGACUGGAGCACAUCUAGAGGAGGAAUCUGGAAUACCCUUACAGUCACCUGGGGUGAAUCGGUUUACACAGCAAAUACUUGAUGGAAAUUGGGAUGACAGUAUAGCCACAUUGCAUAAAAUUGGUCUGGCAGAUGAAGGUGUGGUCAGGUCAGCCUCAUUUUUAAUACUGGAGCAGAAAUUCUUUGAGCUUCUAAAUGGUGAAAAGGUCAUGGAAGCGUUGAAGACCUUGAGGAUGGAGAUUGCUCCACUUUGCAUUAAUAGUAGUAGAAUUCGAGAACUCUCUUCCUUCAUAGUUUCAUCAUCUCCUAAGCGAGAUACUGUAAGGGUAAGGUCUCGGUCAAACCUUCUGGAGGAAUUGCAGAAACUGCUUCCACCAACAGUGAUGAUACCUGAAAAGAGGUUGGAGCAUCUAGUUGAACAAGCCCUUAUCUUGCAACAAGAGGCAUGCCCGUUUCAUAAUUCAAUGGAUAAGGAGAUGUCAUUAUAUUCAGAUCAUCAUUGUGGAAAAGAUCAGAUACCUUCCAGAACAUUACAGAUAUUAGAAGCACAUGAUGAUGAAGUUUGGUUUGUACAAUUUUCACACAAUGGAAAAUAUUUAGCUUCAGCAUCAAAUGAUCGAACUGCAAUAAUUUGGGAGGUUGGCAUCAAUGGUGGAUUGUCUGUAAAGCAUAAAUUAUCUGGUCACCAGAAACCUAUUUCUUCUGUUUCUUGGAGUCCUAAUGACCAAGAGCUCCUCACAUGUGGAGUGGAAGAAGCUAUUAGGCGUUGGGAUGUCUCUACUGGCAAAUGCCUCCAAAUUUAUGAAAAAUCCAGUGCUGCCCUAGUCUCCUGUACAUGGUUUCCAUGUGGGAAAUAUAUACUUUGUGGCUUAAGUGACAAGAGCAUUUGCAUGUGGGAAUUAGAUGGAAAAGAGGUGGACUCAUGGAAAGGACAAAAAACCCUGAAAAUAUCUGAUUUGGAAAUAACAGAUAACGGGGAAGAGAUUCUAAGUAUUUGCAAAGCCAACACAAUACUAUUGUUCAAUAGAGAAACAAAGCAAGAGAGAUUUAUUGAAGAGUAUCAAACAAUAACCUCUUUUUCUUUAUCAAAGGAUAACAAAUUCUUGUUGGUUAAUCUUUUGGACCAAGAAAUACAUCUAUGGAACAUUGAAGGUGAUCCUAAGCUUGUUGGCAAGUACAAAGGUCAUAAACGUGCCCGGUUUAUUAUCAGGUCCUGCUUUGGUGGCCUCAAGCAAGCUUUUAUUGCUAGUGGAAGUGAGGAUUCACAGGUUCACAUAUGGCAUAGAAGCUCGGGAGAGCUAAUAGAGGCAUUGCCUGGUCAUUCUGGAGCUGUUAAUUGUGUGAGCUGGAAUCCAGCUAACCCCCACAUGUUAGCCUCGGCCAGUGAUGACCGGACAAUUCGGAUAUGGGGCCUGAAUUGUCUGCACAACAAGUACCAAAAUGUGCACAGCAAUGGUGGUGGUAUCCAUUACUGCAAUGGGAGAACUUAGAUGAAAACUCAUUCCAAUUGAUUUCUCUUUUUUGUUAUUAUUGCAAUUGUGUAAAUACCAUUACUAUCACCACAAGUGGACCAUUCAUGUCAAACAUGCACGUGUCUUUUCAUAAAUCUCAUAAUAAAUUCGUAUUCCAUUAA